CCGUCAUGUGUCGCGCGUCACAACCGUGAAGAGUGUCAGCAGAAACAGCGCGAAAGUUUGCGUCGGCGGAGCAACAAUGCCUUAAAAAAAGGCUGUUUGUCUUCCAGGGUUUUUAAUCGGUAUGUAGGACUUGCGAUGCGCCGCGGUGAUAAGACAUGACGUUAGCACAGCGGUGAAUUGUUAAGAUGCUGGAAUUAGGAGCGGUCUUGUGAAGGUCUAUUAAUAAUGGACAGUCCAUGUUCUGUAAAUCGACGGCAGGCAUGGGCUCAGUGCAGCCGCCAUUGGCUCACAGUGGAAGAUGCAGAGCUGCAUGCAUCUGCAUCAAGUAACUUGCGUACCACUCCAGGUGCACAGCUCUCUCUGCAGGAUGAAGUAUUUCCUGAAGGAUGCUCUACAGGAAAGAUUGAAACGUGGCUCCAAAGCUGUGGAAAUGAUGCCAGUCAAGAGAACCCAAGCCAGCACACUCUGGAAUCUUUGCUGAAGACUGCUAACAGUUUUGAGGAUGACCUAAGCCUUGGGGCUGAAGCUACAGGAGUAGAGUUUGGAUUGCAAGAUGAAGAGUUUGGGCCCUGUCCAUUACUCCUGCCCCCUCCUAAAUCACGUCGCAAAGAUUUACACACAAGCAGCACACCUCAGCAGAAGCUUAAUCUGCCAUUCAGAAACAUGGGCCACAGUAUGGCAUCUAGUAUCUUCUCAUCCACCACCAAUAAGACUGCUUCCAGUGUGUCUGAGGUCCUGCAGUUGUGUGCUGAAGAUGCAGAGGAGACUCUGUAUCAGUUAGGAUUUGGUUGUGAGGAGCCACAAGUAACGGCCCGUAUUCCAGCUCGUUUCUUCACCUUCCCAUCACAGCUCCGAGGCAUCAACUUUCGCCUGUUCCUCGAGUCACAGCUGCGGCGCAUUCGUGAAGAGGACCCUAGCCUCUCACUUGCAAGUCGUUUCCGUCAGGUGGAGGUGUUAACAGCAAUGGCCAAUGCUUUCUAUUCUCUCUACUCCCAUGUAUCUCGGACACCUCUUCAAAAGCUGGGGCCCCCCGAAUUCAGCUUUUCUUCACCCACUGUGGAACGAGGCAUCGGUCAACGCUUCUUUGGCAGCAUUCGUACUGAACCACGGUCUCCUGUGGAGCGUCUCAAAGACACGGUGUCCAAGAUGUGCUUAUACACACGCGGAUCGGACUCUACCUCUCCAAAUUAUUCUCCUCGAAAGAGAAACAGCCUUCCCGAUGUGGCUGAAAUGAUGAUGGGAAGUGUGAGGGGGAGAGAGACCCAUGACCAAAAUAAAGGAAUGUGUAAACCAGGGCAAGAAGUAACUCACAAUGUGAGUGAUGAAAAAAUGAGCAACCAUGACAAGACUACUAGUGCACAUAAGCAGAGGAUCCAGCGGUGGUCACAGUCAGGGCAGAGAGACGGUGUUAGAGCAAAGGGCUCCCUGUUUAAGUCGGAUAAUGCAUCUCUGGAAUCUAGGCAUAUUCGGAAUUCAUGGGAUACAGACUUUGAUGAAGGUUCCUCCAAUUCCUUUUUACAUUCUGAAUCCUCAAAAGAUCCUUCUGAUACUAAUGCACCAGCUCCUAUUAUUACUUAUGAUACAGUUUCCCCUUAUGUAGUGGAGCAUGUACAUAAAGCACCUUAUAGGUGGGUAGAGACACAUGGUGCAUCAGUAAUGGGUUUAUCAACAGCUGGUCAUAUGCUGAACCCAGACUCAUGUGCUAGGACACUUGAACACAAGCCAGUUAUCACUGAUCCAAAAUUAUCACCAGCAUGGAACAAGGGUGAGCUUAUGGUAGAAAUACCAGCAACGUCAACAAUUUCAGAAGGUGAUCCCGUGUCCCUUCACUCAAGCAUCACAAAAGAGGCGCCGUGUCAGAUCAUGGUAACUGGAUGGGAGGAUGAUGCUGUUCUCCACAGUGACCCAUUUGAGGACAAUACUUAUUUCAUGUACCCUGGUAGUGCUGUGCAGAUGCAAUCAGACCAGCAGAGGUACCUGAGCCCCAGCAACCCUUCAAGUGACCUCAUCAGCUGCCAGCUGAAACAGGCUAACUCAUUUGAGUUGGAGGAGGUGCAGAGUGUGGGAGAGGAGGAGAACUCAUCAGUGGAGCAAUGUAGUGCAUACACCCUAUCAGUCAUGACAUCUACAGAUCAGAAAUGUUCACCCCUGAGGGGGGAUAGUUUCCAGUCGGACAGCAGUGGCUAUGCUGAAGAGGAGACACACAAUUCUGUCACUUCAUCUAGUAGAGAAAAUAGCUGAAGACCAAACCCCACACUUCACUCAUCCCUAAUGAUCUAUUUUUUUAUAAGAAAAUGCAUAGGAGCUUUCUCAGUCAUACCUUAUUUGUUUUACUUUUAAAGCUGAAAUAGCCUUCCAACUGCAGCAGAAGGCACAGAUAUUUGUGUGUAGGCUAUUUUUUUUAAUCACUUGGCUGUGUGAAACAUUCGGCCCUUUUGAAUGUAUUGCAGUUAGGCAGUACUAACAUUAAAUUAACUUUUUUGUUAAUGUGGUUUUCUCUGGGAUUAUGUAAGUACAUGUUUUAAAUAUUUAUUUUGUUUUAUUAUAAAUUAUUUAUUUACACAUCAAUGCUAAUCAGUUAAAUGGACAAGCAAAUGCCUUUACAUUGUUUUUGUUUGUUUGGUCUGGUUGUACCAAAAAGGAGAGCAUGCAACACUGAAUUUAAAAUGUUUAUUAGUUAAAUGUUUAAUUCUGCACAAAAAAUUAAAACUACUAAAAUUGUAAUAUACAGCACAUGAUCUUGUACAAUAUCAUAAUUGAUCAUAAAGGGAAAGGGCAAUUUUGCAACAUGUGAAUCCAACAAUCAAAUAAAGAAAGAUGGAGGUAGACUUGA